AGCAGCUACAACAAUGAGUGCGAGCAGAGCUUGUUUGGCUAGUUUGAAUAGAAGUUUUCUUCAGUGAAACUGCCCAUAAUAUUUCACUACAUGUGCUCUCUGGGUUUCCAAAGCACUGUAUUAAAUGGAGCUGGAGGACCAAUGGUGGAAAGGACAACUUGCUGCAGAUAUAUACCAGGCGCUGCGAUACAAAGAGCUCAAGUUACCUUCCUUCAAAGGUCAGUCCCCUCAGCUCAAUUUGAGGCGAUACUUCGCAGACCUCAUAGCCAUUGUCAGCAACCGCUUCAGGCUCUGUCCUACAGCCAGGCACCUUGCUGUCUACCUGCUGGACCUCUUCAUGGACCGCUAUGACGUCACGGUGCAGCAGCUUCACAUGGUCUCGCUCUCAUGUCUUCUUCUGGCCAGUAAGUUUGAGGAAAGGGAGGACCGGGUGCCGAAGCUGGAAACACUAAACAACCUGGGUUGCAUGAGCUCCAUGAACCUGGUCCUGACCAAGCAGGGUUUACUGCAUAUGGAGCUGCUCCUGUUGGAAACUUUCCAGUGGAACCUGUACCUCCCUACGGCGGCUCAUUUUACAGACUACUACCUCUCUAUUGCGGUCCAUGAGGGUGAUCUGCAUGAUGGCUGGCCUAUGACAUGCCUGGAAAAGACUAAACUAUACAUGGCCAAAUAUGUGGAUUACUUCCUUGAGGUUUCCUUGCAAGAUCAUGUCUUUUUGUGUUUUGCACCUUCACUGGUGGCUGCUGCGUGUGUGGCCGCCUCACGCCUGAUCCUUCACCUGUCACCUACAUGGCCACCCCGACUGCAGCGCCUCACAGGCUACGCAUGGGAGAACCUAAUCCCGUGUACAGAGAAACUACUCAUUGCACAUGACAGUGACGUCAAAGAGGCCAACAAGCAAAAGUGUCAGCAGCCCAACCAGCACCAGCAGCAGGGUCAGACAGUUUACCACACCUCAGCUCAGUACCUCAACCGAACAAAUGCGCAGUACCCCCAGCAAGCUCCACAGCCAGUCGCAGCCCCUAACCACCUGCCUGCCUCCUACCUCAGCCACUCCACUGCCAACGGCCCCCAGAGCAUCAACACCCAAACCAUCUCCACGUCGCUGGAGCCAAAGUCUAACAUUCCCAACAGGGCAUUCCAAGUCAGCAUGCACUAUACUUGCGCUGCUCCGUGCUUUGACAGAUGAUGGAUUUCCAAGGUUUAGUCAUUUUGGAAGAGGUAGAGUUAAGAUACUGCUAUCCAUUUCACCGGAUCAGAAGAAGAUGAAGAGGGAGGAAAAAAGAAAAAAAAAUCUUGUUUUUAAUUUGAAGAGUCUUGAUGAGA